AUGAUCAUGUUCUUGCAUAUCCACAUCGCUCUUCUGGGCGUCUUGGCGAGGACCGUCUCGGCCUAUCCACACUACAACAGCAAUAGCAACACCAAGCUUGUAACGCAGCACGUCUCUUAUACGACGGAGACUGUGAGUAAGCUGACCACGUACUGCCCCUCGCCCACCACAAUCGUUCAGAAUCACAAGACCUAUGUUGUCACGAAACCUACCACCCUGACUAUCACCGACUGCCCUUGCACGGUGACAAAGCCUUUGAAGCACCCGGAGACAACUGGUGUCCGUGAUCCUCCCAAAUCCAGACCACCCAAAGGCCCAGAGGAUGGGAUCAUCACCAAAGUCCGACGCAAGGGCCUACUCCACCUCAGGGACAACCUCAGGGACAACCUCAGGGACAACCUCAGGGACAACCUCAGGGACAACCUCAGGGACAACCUCAGGGACAACCUC